AUGCACAGUGCAGCAGCAGUUCAGAGGCUGGUCCAGCGCAGCACAGUUGGCCUCGGCCGCUCAGCAAGUGCCAUUGCCGCUUCGCGAACACUCGCCCCAGCUGCCGGUAUCUCUAUUACCCUGCGGGCGACGCCCACUUCGACGAGUGCCUACACAAACCGCUUCGUUGCCGCCGCGCAGCGCAGCUUCUCUCAGACGGCUGUCACGUGCAAGAAGAAGAAGGUGACGGAAGACGACGACCACGCCGACGGCAGCAACCACCCGGCGCCCAAGGCGGCCGACGCCUUCAACUUUGAGGACACGGAGUCGCGUUGGCAGCGCACCGAGGUGCACUACCUAGAAAAGUUCAAGGAGCUCAAGCGGUCGCUGAGCGGCGGCGGCAGCGCGGGCGACGGCGAGGGCGGCGUGGACGUGGACGCCAUUGGCAAGACGCGGGUGGUGCAGAAGAGCGGCGAUGAGGCCGGCGACGAGGUGCCGCUGAGCCAGCUGGCCCUCAUCAUCCCGCGCGCCGGCGGCCGCGUCGUCGAGCUGCGCAUGCACAACCCGGCCAGCCGCAAGGCCAUCACGAGCGCCGUGCAGACCAACCCGCUCUUCCAAGGCCAGCAGCCGCAGCUCGACCCCAACGACGAGCUGGUGCUGCUGAUCAGACUGGGCGGCGCCAACGACAAGACGACGUCGUCGGCCGCCGCCGCGGCAGAGCGCCUGCGGCGCGUCCACGACCUGGCCAAUGCAUGGCGGACGGACCUGCGCAAGGCCACGACGCGCCGGCAAAAGAUACACCAGGGCUGGAAGAAGGACAAGUCUGUGCAGCCGGACGACCUGUUCCGCCUGGACCGCGAGCUGCUCAAGGGCCAGGACAAGCGCAUGGCCAAGGUGGACGCGACCGAGAAGGACGCGGCCAAGCACGCCGAACGGAUCAACAAGCGGUAG